AUGGCGGCGCUCAAGCACAAUGCAUACCUCAACAAUGAAUGGACUCCUGAAGAACAAUCUGUUCUUGAAGAAUUGCUCGCCAAAUACUCAUCUGACAGCGAAAUGCAUUGUUAUGUUCAAAUUGCGAUGCACUUAAACGGCAAAUGUCUACGAGAUGUAAUAUUCAGAUGUAGAUGGAUGAGUCAAAAUGGGAAGCAAGGAAGUGAUGAUAUUUCAAGGAAAAAUAAAGACAAAAAGGAAAAACUUACAGAUCUUAUGCCAAAAUUAACUAAUAUUGCAAAUCAAGCAAAUGCUUCUCCCAAUGCUCAAGCUAUUUUGCCAAUGGACAGUGAUGGUGGAAUUUUCUACCAAGCCAUUGGUGGUCUCACAGGGAAGCUUCUUGAACAAAAUGCUCAGGCAUUGGAUCAAAUUUCUGCUAACUUUGCCGCUUGUAAGAUCCAGGAAAACAUCAACCUUCUCUUGCAGACUCAAAGUAAUAUCUUCAAUGUUGUAAAUAACUUAAAUGACAGUUCAGAGAUGAAACGGAUGCCUCCACUCCCUGUAAAGCUAAUCGAAGAGCUCGCCAACUCAAUCCUUCAGCAACCACCACCAGUCCAAGAAAAAUCAUGA